AUGUACGUGUCCCUUCGAGAUGUGCGUCUUUCGCGGCUCUCCGCGUAUAUCCUACGCCUUAGCUACCAUUACGCCAGAGUCCUGGGCGUCAUCUGCUUUGGCAUCUCAAUGAAAGGACCCAGCGAUGGUGCCUUGGUGGCACGCAAGAACUUCGCGCUCAAGUGGUACUCUCUGAUCCUGCACAUCGUCUGCGCUGCAAUGGUUGGCUGCUUCUGUGUGCCACAGGUAGUCGCAAUCGAGGAUCCCUACGAGUGGACGCUGCAGUGCAUGCGACUGGUGGCCUGUUUCGUUUGCACCGCUUGCAUCGUGGUGCUGCAGUUUUUUCACGAGCACGAGGUGCUCCGCAUGAUCAACAGUUUCCUUCGGCUGUUUCGACGUGUGCGUCAAAUGUCGUCGUCGCGGAGGAAAAUCGGCUUUGGUGGCAAGCGGGAGUUUGUUCUGAUCCUCUUCAAAGGCGUCUGCCUCUUCUACGAGCUGCUCUGCGAGUGUCAACUGUUGCUGUUUGCUCGCAGUCCACUGGCACUGCUGACCAUUCUGUGCGAGAUCAUAGUCGAAAUUGGUUCCCUGAUGAUCAUACAUAUCGGCUUUGUGGGCUACCUCAGUGUGGCGGCCCUCUACGCGGAGGUCAACGCGUAUGUUCGCAUUGAGCUGCGACGUCAGCUGCGUUCGCUGGAUCGUCCAGGCGCUCCGCCUGCCAGUCGCCGUCAGCUGAGAUUGGCCCGCUGCCGCCUGGACGAGUGCGUGGCCGUCUACGACGAGAUCGAACGUGUGGGCAGAUCAUUUCAUAUGCUGCUCCAGCUGCCGGUACUCAUCAUACUCAUGGCCAAGAUCUUUGCCACCACGGUGCUGUCCUACGAGGUGAUCAUACGCGCCGAUCGGUAUCCCAGGCAGGCGGGCAUGUGGGGCCUGGUGCUGAAGGGUUUCGCCGAUGUGAUACUCCUAACGCUGGCCGCCCACGAGGCGGUCAGCAGCUCCAGAGUCAUACGCAGAUUGGGCCUGGAGAAUUUUCCAGUCAGCGAUCAGCAGGAGUGGCAUGUAAAGUUGGAAAUGUUCCUGGGUCGCCUGAACUUCAACGAGUUUCGUGUGUGUUUUUUGGGCUUGUUUGAGGUCUCCAACGAGAUCAUUGUGGUCUUUUUGUCCAGCAUGAUCACCUACUUCACCUAUGUGAUGCAGUAUGGCAUACAAACCAAUCGAUUGUGAAUGUUGUAUGAUCCGCAUUGGC